AUGGCGUCCUCCCAGCCAGAACCCUCGCUGGAGCAACACGAGCGGAUGCAGGAUGAUUACCAGCGAUUUCUGAAUGUGGCCUCGCUGGCUACGUGCAUUCUCGCGCCAGUCAUCAUAGCCCUGCCGCCGCGAAAGCUCGACGCCUACACCUUCUCUUUAGCCGGCGCCUUCGUUGUAUCUGCAAACUACCAGCUCAAAGAACGAUCAGGCCGUGGGUUUUGGGCUCGCAUCCCAACUCCAGCCGGCAUGCCGCAGCGCGCAAGAGAACUGCAACUUAAGCAGCAGGAAGCUCGGGCGCAGGAGGAGCAGCGGCUGCUUCGAGAGGCUGGCCGGCCGAAGAAAGGAUCUUUGUUGGAGGAGAAGGCCAAGGAGAUAUGGAUGGGCGGUGAGACCGAGGACUGGAAGGAACGACGAUUGCGCGAAGAGCAGGAGAAGAUCGCGAAUGGCGAGGGCUACGGGACGAUGAUCAUGGAUCAGAUCUGGGAAGUGUGGAACUGGGGAGAGACGAAGGGAGAGGAGCUCAAGGAGAAAGAUGAGGAGGCUGUGGAGAAAAAGACGGGUUGA